AUGGCCCCCCGCUGCUUCAUAACCUCCCCCCUCACAGCAAACGGCGAGAAGCGAGUUAGAGCAACGGGGAAAGCCCUCCUCGGCAAUGACAGACUAAUUGUUCCUAAGAAUCUGGUUCACGUGUACGUAACGACUCCCCUCUCAGCAGUGUGGCUAAGCGAGCCCGAGUCCGGGACUACGUCUCCCCCCCGCACCCGCGCCCAACGAACCCUCGAACUCCUCGAACUCGGCUGCCGCGAGCGUCUCCCCUGGACCGAAUCACGACAAGCAGAAGAAAAAGAGCCGAUUCGGACAGAAGCCAAGGUGUCAAUCACGGACGCGGUGCGCGAGUGGGAUUAUGGUGAUUAUGAGGGUUUGACGAGUAAGCAGAUUAAGGCUCUGCGGGAGGAGAGUGGGGAGAAACCUUGGAAUAUUUGGACGGAUGGGUGUCCUGGGGGAGAAUCCCCCGACGACGUCGUCAAACGCCUCGACGCUCUAAUCGCUGAUAUCAAAGAGAAGUACCAUCGGCCCUGUCUUGAGAGUGGUUCGGAGGCUGGAAAGGGUGACGUCCUGGUCGUUGCGCAUGGGCAUAUCCUCCGCGCAUUUGCGAUGCGGUGGACUGGGAAGCCUUUGAUGGAGACGUCGUUGAUUCUGGAUGCUGGUGGUGUUGGAACGUUGAGCUAUGAACAUCACAACCUCGAUGAGCCUGCCAUUAUUCUCGGUGGAGGGUUUGUGGUUGAGUAA